UCACGGCGGGCGGUUUGGCAGGCGCGAUGGAGGCGCUCUGCUGCCAACCACUGGACACAAUCAAAGUCCGUAUGCAGCUGUCGCGGUCGGGGAAGCUCCCAGGGACAAAGCCUCGCGGCUUCAUAGCCACCGGUGCAAUGAUCGUCAAGCGCGAGACGCCGCUCGCGCUAUACAAGGGUCUCGGUGCGGUCCUGUCGGGAAUCGUGCCUAAGAUGGCGAUCCGGUUCGCGAGUUUCGAGUCGUACAAGGGGUUUCUUGCGAAUAAAGAGACAGGCGUGACGAAUGUGGGCAGUAUCUUCUUAGCUGGUCUGGGCGCUGGUACAACGGAAGCGAUAUUCGUGGUGACGCCGAUGGAGGUGGUGAAAAUCCGGCUGCAAGCGCAAAGCCAUUCGCUGGCGGAUCCUCUCGAACAGCCCGUCUACCGGAACGCAGGCCACGCUGUCUACAAGAUUGUACGCGAAGAGGGUAUCAGCGCGCUUUACCGCGGAGUCACCCUGACUGCCCUUCGGCAAGCGACAAAUCAAGGCGCGAACUUCACGGCGUACCAGGAGCUGAAGAAGUACGCCUUGCGGCAACAGCCCGACCUGCAAGAACUUCCCUCGUAUCAACACAUGAUCAUCGGCCUCAUCUCCGGCGCGAUGGGCCCCUUCUCGAACGCACCCAUCGACACGAUCAAGACACGCUUGCAGAAGGCGACCACCGUGCCAGGCACGAGCGCCUUCGAGCGUGUCGCCGUGAUUGCCCGCGAUAUGUGGGCGCAGGAGGGAUUCCGCUCCUUCUACAAAGGUAUAACGCCGCGCGUGCUCCGCGUGGCGCCCGGGCAGGCGAUCGUGUUUGCGGUGUACGAGCGGGUAAGGCGGGCGAUCGAGACGAUGCAGGGGAGUAGCGAAGAAGACCGGUACAGCGAGUAGAUCUGUGUGUAUGCUACGGGAUGGAUCUUUUACCUUUUGAACGCUGUGUUGUAAUGUGUAUAAUAUUUGUGCAAGUUCGGGUGCGACGGGUAGCAUGGCCGCGGAGACUAAUGUAAACUAAGUACAGUAGACAAUAUGUGGCUCAGACGAGCCGUGUCAAG